GCGUAGCUCGGUGAAUUUGAAUUCUCGAAUAACCGACGCUCCAACACGCUUCGCAGUGAAAUAGUAGACAAAUAUUUUGUUGUCGGGAAGAUUUUCCGGCGUAAGGAUAGUUGGGUUAAUCGUAAGAGAUGGAGAAAAAGUCCGUAGGUGAUAGACUGUCGGCAAAUCCCGUAAGAAUAUCACUGAUCGAUAAAGAGGAUAGAAGAAGAACGCAAUCCUUGAAAUCAAGAGCAGCUGCAUCCGAAGAGACACAUAUUCCUAGGCCGCGUUUCAGAUCUUCGUCAACCGAUGUUCAAGGCAGAAAGUCAAGUUUAAAACCACCAGCGAGAAUUCAGUCCUCUCAGCAUGGAUACGGGACUCCCCAACCAAACGCUGUUACUCCAAAUACGAGCCGAAGUAGUAGCGCUGUCAGAUCGCUACAUCCACCAUCGGGCAGCACCGUGCGAGGAAGAUCGCCGUCAGCAGAGAGAGCGAGCAAUAUAGGCCUGAAGAUAUCUUGCAAAGACAAUCGACCAUUGACAGACAGGGCUUUCCAAGCCGAAAUGCUUGGCAAAAUUGAUUCCUAUUUUCGGUCGAUCGAGCAAACGUCUCUGCUAAACAAUAACGGGAGUCUGAAACCGGUAACGCUCAAGAUCUUUGUUCAGGUAACAGAUUUGCUAGCCAAACUGUUGGACGUCAAGCAUGCGUUAACGAUCGCAAACUACGUUGAGGAGCUGCCAAAGAUUGCCAAGAAGCUUCAUUAUCCGGGGCAGAUAACCAAAUCUUGGCUAAAAACUGCAAAUGCUAUGCAUUCCUGGCCUCAGGUUUUAGGAUGGGUCUCUUGGCUGGUUGAAUGCUGCGUAGUCAAGGAUCUGGCCGCAGAUCAUUUUCAGUUGGAUAAUUUGCCAUUUUUAGAAGCAGACACUGGGGCGAAAUUCAACAAAAUGAAGUUCCAAUUUCUGUUGAACGCUUACAAAGCUUGGAACGAGGAGAAGCCGAACGAAGAGGCAGCUCUGACCGAAGAGUUUUUACAAAAGGUUGCAAACUCGCAGGGCGUUACAGAAACUGAUAUAGAAAAUGCUGUUGCAGAGAGCAAAAGCGAGGCAACGAAGCUGGAAGAUGCGAAAGCGACUGGCCAAGCGCUCGAUGAAGAAUUAAGGCAGCUUGAGGAAGAAUUGAGAGCCUUGAGGAACGAAGAGGCUAUGCAGGACACUCGCAUCAGGGAGCAACAAAGUGCUGAGAAAAAGUAUUUAACGGAAGCUGAGCAGUUGCGAGAGGAAAGUAAAAUCCUAUGCAAAACAUUACAGCAGCAAAAAUUGAGACAAGAAGAGCUCAGGGAACAAAUUAACUCGCAACCAAUGUCAGCUGUCCAGAGAGACGACAUUGUCGAACGUUGUCUCAUUAUGCGAAACCAAUUGCUUGAAUUUGAUAAGCACUUGAAUGAUCUGGAGAAAGAGAUUUACACGCUGGAUAUCAAACUAGCUUCGAGUAGAAAUAUUUUGACCAAGGCCGUUUUCAGUUAUAACAAAGACAUUUACCUACAACUAAUUAAGGAAUCAGACCUUGAUUUGGAUGACUUUGCGAUGCCAGUUACCGGUAUACUGAAUCCGAAAAUCAUGGACGAACUGAACAGAAAAGCAACUUUGAUGUCUUCUUUACACGAAAAUAUAAAAGAGCGUCUCAAAAAAACAGAAUCUAUAAUAGAAAGAGAUGAAAAAAUGUUGGAUAGCCUUAUAGAGGAGAAAGCGGCGCUUGAUGAGAAAAAGCAGAAUCGCCUUGCCAAAGUAAACGAAUGUAAGAGAUCUGUAAAGGCAAUAAAAGCUGCAGCCAAGGCGGAAGAAAUCGAAUUGAAAGAGUCUAUAGAAAAUCUCAACCAUAAUAUCAAAGAAAUAUUGAACAAAAUGCCCAAUGCUGAACUGGAAGAAAGGGAAUUGGAAGAAGCCAGAGAAAAAUUAGAAGCCCUUAGUCGGAGAAAGGCCUAUUUGGAAGAAUCGGCUCAUUUAUUCUUUGAGCAGUUUUAUGAGACGCUCGCCAAUCACAGAACCAAAUUGGCAGCUCUUCUCACAGAAGGUUCGGAUCUCCAAAAUUCCGAGGAUCACUCUCCAGAAUAAAUUCAACCUGAUACAAAAAGUAUUGUUAUUAAAAUAAGUAACGAUUACUCGUUGUGUGUGUGAAUGUUUAUCGCAAUAUAUCUUGUAAUAUAAUUUUGUUUAGUCAAAGUAUCGCUUAUGCGUCACAUUAUUUACUGAAUGUUAAAGAAUAUGCAAUUCCAGUAUGACUGAUAAAUUUCGUACUUCAAUAAGCAAGAA